AAAGUUUGGUGGUUAUUCUUGUGGAACUACUAGUAGUAUAUGAAAUGAAAUGUCUUUCUCCGUGACCAAGUGCUAAUAACAGUACAUAAAAAAGUGUCCCUGAUAUCGCAACAUACCAGUAGAACAACUGUUCGGAGACACCGGCGUAAACCUUAUAUUUGCAACAGUUUUAACGCAAACUUGAAGGAGACUGGUAUAAGGAGGGACACAUGUAAACAAUUUCACAUCAAGAAUGAUUGAGCAAAAUAAAUUAAUUGAAACUUUUGUAUCUCUGGGGCUCAGUGAGCAGAAAGCAAAGGAAACAAUAAAGAAUGAAACAAUAACGCAAAACUUGAAACAAGCAGUUGAUGAAGCAGAGAAAUUGGGUGGUGUACCAGAUGAAAGUAAAAUGCUCCUCUACCAGCUAGCUAGUAAAAUUAAAAAACAAACUGCUCACCAUAUACCCAUGAUUGUGAAUUACAUUUACUCCAGAAAAAUUGAUUCGAAUGAGAGACUUGAUGCAGCAUUAGAGUAUUUACUGUCUCAUCUCAAAGAUGAAUUAAACCUGUCUUCCUUUGAAGAAGCCUGUGGCGUCGGUGUGGUCAUAACUCCAGAAGAAAUUGAAAAUUCAGUCGAAGAAAUCAUUGCUGCUCAUAAAAAUGAAUUAUUAGAAAAGAGGUAUCAGUUCAAUUUAGGAAUUAUUAUGCAAGAGGUGAGGAAACGCUUAAAAUGGGCUGACGGAAAAGCACUUAGAAAUGAAGUGGACAUUCAGAUUUUAGAUUUAUUAGGCCCUAAAACAGAAGCUGACUUGUUAAGCCACAAUAAAUCAGAUAAGAAAGUUAAAAGCGCAAAAAAGGGAAGCAAUUUGGUGAAGACGAAAGAAAUUGAGAAGACUGCUGAUGCAAAAAAUGAAAUUGAAAGUGCUUCUAUAGGAGAUAUUAUGAAAAAAUUAAAUUUCCACAAACCUGGAGAAAAUUACAAAACAGAAGGCUAUGUCAUUACACCAAACACUUUUAACAUUCUCAAAGAUCAUCUGAAGGUUACCGGUGGACAAGUGAGGACAAGGUUUCCACCAGAGCCUAAUGGAAUUUUACAUAUUGGUCACGCAAAAGCUAUCAACAUUAAUUUUGGUUAUGCUGCAGCUCACGAGGGUGUUUGCUUCUUGCGAUAUGACGACACAAAUCCAGAAAAGGAAGAGGAGAAAUUCUUUGUGGGCAUCAGAGAAAUGGUGAACUGGCUAGGAUACAAGCCAUUUCAGAUUACUCAUUCGUCCGAUUACUUUGAUCAGUUAUACAAGUGGGCAAUAGAACUUAUAAAAAAGGAUUUAGCAUAUGUUUGUCACCAGAGUUCAGAUGAGAUCAAAGGCAUUAACGCCCCACUUUCUCCGUGGAGAAAUCGGCCAGUUGAAGAAAGUCUUAAACUGUUUGAGGAUAUGCGUAAAGGAAAAAUAGAUGAGGGCAAAGCGACACUUAGAAUGAAAGUGACAUUGGAAGAAGGGAAACAAGACCCAGUCGCAUACAGAAUUAAGUUUUUGCCUCACCAUAGAACAGGAGACAAAUGGUGCAUAUAUCCGACAUACGACUACACUCACUGUUUAUGUGACUCUAUCGAAAACAUAACUCAUUCUUUAUGUACAAAAGAAUUUCAGAAUCGCCGUUCCUCGUAUUACUGGCUUUGCAAUGCGCUGGACAUUUACUGCCCUGUGCAGUGGGAAUACGGACGCUUGAAUCUGAAUUACACCGUAGUAUCCAAACGUAAAAUUGCAAAGCUAAUUGAGGAGGGUAUUGUAAACGAUUGGGACGAUCCACGUCUCUUUACUUUAACUGCACUGAGAAGACGAGGGUUCCCACCGGAAGCUAUAAACAAUUUUUGUGCUCAGGUAGGAGUUACAGGUGCGACAUCUGUAGUCGAUCCUCAGAUGCUCGAGGCAUGUGUCAGAGAUUCUUUAAAUACUACUGCUCCACGAGCUAUGGUAGUUCUGGAACCGUUGAAAGUGAAGAUCCUCAACUUUCCAUAUUCUGAGAGUACUCAAGUUAAAGUUCCCAAUUUCCCCAGUGAACCAGACCGAGGAAGCCAUUUUGUUCCAUUUGAUAAGGAAGUGUUUAUUGAGAGAAGUGACUACAGAGAAGAGGACGAGAAAGGAUACAGAAGACUGACAAAUUCUCAACCGGUCGGCCUGCGACAUGCCGGUUACGUUAUUUCUGUGGUAAGGGCCAUUAAAAAUAGUGUCGGCAAUGUAACUGAAUUGGAAGUACAGUGUCAACCUUCAACAGAAUUUAAACCGAAGGCGUUUAUUCAUUGGGUGUCGCAUCAUAUUCCUGUGCAAGUUCGUUUGUAUGACAUGCUGUUUAAACAUAAAAAUCCAGAAGACCCCAAUGAGGUGCCAGGAGGGUUCCUAUCGGACUGUAACAAAGAUUCGCUGAAGAUACUGAAUGCAUAUGCAGAUGUUUCUGUGUCAAAAGCUAGAGUUUUUGACAAAUUCCAGUUUGAGAGAUUGGGUUUCUUUUCUGUUGACCCAGACACAAAAGAUGGUUCUUUAGUUUUUAAUAGGACUGUUAGUUUAAAGGAGGAUGCUAAUAAAUCAUAGGUACCAUUCAUCUAAAUUCAAUAAUCUUGAUGUGUUUGCAGAGUCAGUUGAAGAAGAAAUAGUGACUGUAUGGUACAGAAUGAGAGGUCUUUCGGGUGGAAGCAGUAUGACAGAUACGUGGAAUGCGCGAGUGCUAAGAGUGUUUACCCUUGAGUGGAGCCUCUGUCAAGCAUAACUG